UACAUUACUUGGCCAACUAAAUAUUUACUCUCUCUGUUUAAGAAUAUAAAUUCAACUAGAUUCAACUUCAUCAAAUCCAAUUAGAAGAAUGGUUUCCAAACAGCCUCCAAGACUAUUAACGGGAAAGUCACAAAUAUCAGCAAAAAGGGGAUAAUUUUUUUUUUAAAAAAAACAUUACAUACUCCCUCCCGCUAUUUAAAAAAAAUAUAUAUUUAAUUUAACUUGAUACGAAAUUUAAAAAGAAAAAAAAAAUUAAAUUUUAUGAUGUUAGAUUAAAGAUAUAUCAAAUAUAUUCAAAUAUUUUUUAAAUAUUAUAAUUUUAAACAUGUCAUAUAAAAAAUUACUAAGAAAAAAAUUAUUCUUUUCCAAACUAAUUUUUUUUUUUUAAAUGGAGAGAGUACUAUUUAUUAGUCUUGAAAAACAGUUCCAACUUCCCAAGAAAGAAAGCCCGAGAUCUCUCUCUGAUAUCUGUUGCUGAAUUAAGUUUGUCAUUGGCUUCUCUGCUUUUCGGUCUCCUCAACCCCACCCCUCAACCACCCCCACCCCCACUUUCUAGAUUCUCCUUCUGCUGACACCACCGCCACCAUCACCACUUUGGCCACCGCUAUCCAUUAUCCGAUGGCUGUUAAAUAAACAACUUAGUUACCCUAUGUGAAAAUCUUGAAUUUUUGUGCUUCUAUAUUUCAAUUUCUAUGAAUUUUAAUCUACAAUUUGCUUGUUGUCUGAAUUAGCUUGCUUUUGAUAAGCCAUCUUUGUUCCUAAAAUAAGGUCUUAAAUAAAUAUCUGAAUGAAAAGUUUUCUUAGAGAGAACUGAGAGUGAUAUAAGCAUAACACAGAGUGUUUUCUUUUUCUGGUACUUUUAAUGAAAAAAAAGAUUAAAAUGGAUCAUAGUCGUCUUCAGCAGCAACCAAUUACUUCUGGCUUAACUAGGUAUCGAUCUGCGCCAAGUUCUUAUGUCUCUAGCCUAUUAAGUAGUACACCUGUUACUGGUGGGGGCUGUGGUUAUGCAAGAGAUGAUUUUUCUCACUUGCAAAAUGCUCGUGCUUCAAAUACUGAUAUAGAGCAAGUUUUCGCUAGAUUUGUGGCUAGUAUUGGUAACCAGAACUCAAACUCGAAUUCUGAUCAUUUCUGUGCGAAUCAACAAAUUCAGGAAAAUCUCACGAGUAAUAUGAACGUGAGAUCGGACUUUAUUGUUCCAAAACAAGAGGUUAUACAGCAGCACCAGCACAAGCGCUUAGCGCGACAUAGGGAUAGUGAUUACUCUCUGGUUUCACAGAUGAAUUAUCAAAACCAAGCUCAGCAACAGAUCCAACAGUUUAUUUCACCAGUGAAAAAGGAACCAGAGACUCUGCAACAGAGUACUGAUUGUGUUUCAGCUUCACGGAUGAAUUACCAGACCCAAGUUCAACAAAUUGACAAGUCAAGGGUGGCGACUUCAUCGGCCAUGGAUAAUUCAUUUGUAUUCAUGACUUCUGUGAAUUCAGCUAGUUUGACAUCUGGUGGUGGCGGUGGCAGUGGUGGUGGUAAUUCAAAUCUUACCCGUUAUAAUAGUUCGCCUGCUGGAUUCUUUGACCAAAUCAAUAACGACAACGAAUAUGGUGCUAUGCGAGGCAUUGGGAGUUAUGGAACUGGUGCUAGUGCUGCUACAGAAACUUCAUUGUCGACUCCGAGAAGUUUCAAUACUCAAGUGGGAUUCUCAUCCGGGAAACUCCCUGCUUCUCCCAGGCUAAUGGCUCCAAUCUCUGAAUUUGGAGAUAAAGUCUUGGAAGAAAACAGUACGGACAAUGAACAUAAAAACGCUGAGAGUUGCAUUACAGAUUUCCCAAUGCCUUCUUGGGAAGAUUCACACAUUUUGUCUGAUGAUUUCCUCAAAGCUGAAGACAAUGAGAUUGAGCCAUUCUCUAAUGAGGAUGCAUCCCAUAAUCAGAAUAAUGAAUGUCUGGCUCGCCCGCCGCUUCCUUUAUCUCAUCAUUUGAGUUUGCCCACAAGUACCAUGGAGAAGCUCUUGCAAGAUUCAGUACACUUGAAUGUCAGAGCGAAGAGGGGUUGUGCCACUCAUCCUCGUAGCAUUGCUGAAAGGGUAAGAAGAACACGAAUUAGCGAAAGAAUGAGGAGGCUGCAAGAGCUUGUUCCCAACAUGGACAAGCAAACAAACACAGCAGACAUGUUGGAUUUUGCAGUAGAUUACAUCAAAGAGUUGGAGAAACAAGUCAAGAUACUAGCAGAAAGGCGUGCCAAAUGUACGUGCAUAAAUAAGUAAAAAAGUUACAGAUCAAAGGGUGAAAGUAGAAUGAAAGGGAAUAGAUAAUGGAAUCAGCUAGCAGAAGUGGAUUCCCGUUGGAACUUGAAGAAGACAAUGCGGUUGGCAUUUUGGUGGGUAAAAAGAUGGAAGCAAAAUCAUUUGAUAUAACAUAAUAUACUUUUUUUAUUAUAAGAAUGAUGUCCGAUUUAACUGUGCCCACCUCAAUUACAUUUGCUUGUAUGAAUAACUUUGUCCACCACAACCUCAAAUGUACAUAUACUUUUGUCUAUUUGACUUGUGGCUUUUUGUGUAUAUAAAAGGAAUAGCAUGUUCGAGA